AUGGACGCACGGGCCACACCGCUUCGGCGAAUCUGCAAGAUUGUGAUUACGAUCGCAAACAUCUUCCUUGACCCACACCUCCUUUCGCUGCCUAUCGUUUUUGAACGCUUCGUGAUGGGGUGGGUAGGAGCAGGGAUAGCGAUCGCAACCACCGCUUACUUCUUCUAUCGGUAUCCUCCUCGCAGCUGGGCCGAGCCGGAUCCCUCUGCCCCUCCGGAGCCCAAGCCCGAGACGCCCCUCGCCGCUACGUCGGACGCACCUGUACAGGAAAAGCAAGAUUCAAGGGCCCCAACACCACCCAUAGAGUCUACAGAGGACACUCAAAGCACGCCUAAGGCGUCCGCUUCUAGCGCUCCACUCCCGGUCCUUGCCGUUCCAGAGCUCAACCUCGAAAGCGAGGAGAGCACAUCACAAUCCGCCACGAUGCCGUCCAUACCACAGCCUACAAACGAACCAGAUGUGCAGAAACUACCUGAACCUCGCCGCAGUGAAGCGCAGACCACUUUAAUGCCGCCACCAUCUUUGGCAGUCCCCGCAAAGCCAAAGCAGCCACCCGUACCUCGUCCGACAACCACCAGCUCAAGCCUAAUGCCUCCUCCCUCAAUCCCCCGCCCGACCCCUCAACCCAACCGGGAUCCCAGACUACAACCUCCGCGCCCUAGCGGAUCAUCCCUCGGACCACCCCCAUCAUCUGCCGCCGCGCAGCGUGGUGCAGCUAUUUCCGGAGUUCGCCAAGUCAACAGCACUCUUGCCCCGACGCCCGUCUCUCUCAAGAAAGCUAGCAAGAAGGUUGCCCUGGAGCCAGGGUUCUCGCCACUCGACUGGGCUGCCCUGGCUGCAAACCCCAACAAUCAACUUCGCGGGAAAGAUCUUCCCCCGAGUCUCUUGCGGGUUACACCGUCCAUGUUGCGGGAACAGCACGGUCGUAAGGGCCGGGAUGCCUGGACUUCCUACAAUGGCAAGGUCUACAACAUUUCUCCCUACGUUCCCUAUCACCCCGGUGGAAAGGGCGAGCUUCUCCGCGGUGCUGGCAAGGACUCCGGACAACUAUUCAUGGAGAUUCACCCAUGGGUCAACUGGGAUGGGAUCCUGGGGGAGUGCCUUGUCGGGAUCUUGGUUUCGGAAAAUGACAUCCAAACCGAGAACGCCUUGGAUGCAAUGGACUGA